CUUUUAAAAUAGAAUGCACUCGAAAUGUCAAUGUUAAACUCUGACAUUAGUAAUUAAUUAUUUAGCACUGAGCUUAUAACGGUUGUUUUUUGACGGGUGGUUUUCAAUAUGGCAAUACUUUUUUUGGAAUUGGUCUUUUUGACAGCUGUCACUUAAUUUAUACUCAGUUUAGUUUGCCAUAAUAUUCUUAAAUACACUUGAAUACUUUGAAUACACUGCAUGUCAAAUUAUUAUUAGUAUGAGAAGAAAAAUAGAUCCGGAUAUUCUAAGCUUUUCUGAGUAAUCAUAAAACCACAAAAGCCAGAGCUAUUAUAAUGCACACCGAAUGAGCUACAUAUAUCGUUAAAGAACACGUCAUAAAAGUCAAUUACUUUCAGGAACGGGCUUUAUUUUUAUUACGUGGUCAUAUUGUCCCAUGGUAAUUAAUAACAGUCUUUUUAUUUGAAACUGAAGCCAUGAUUGUUAAAUAGCAAUAAGCUUUUCAAUAUUUUCACUUAGCAACAGAAUAGAAUAAUUCUGUUUUGAUUCAAUCACAGAAUUUGUGUAAUCAAUAUCGAAAUUAUUUGCUAUGUAUUCAAUUUGAUCUAAGCAAGAACAAAACAAUUUUUAUAAAAAAUAAAAUAAUAAAUAAUAACAUAAAUACAAAAAUGAGUAAUAAAGAAAUCUUUGGUCUUCAUCGAAUAACAAAAAAGCAUUUAAAAAAUUUGUGCAAAAAGCAUAAACUCUAUCAAACUCCUCAUUUAAAUGAACAACUUUAUCUUCAUUUUCAAGGAUUUCAAUCGAUUGAAAACCUCGAAGAAUACACUGGUCUCAAGUGCCUUUGGCUUGAAAGUAAUGCCAUUUCUGAGAUUCAAGGCCUCGAAUGCCAAUCGGAACUCAAGUGUCUAUUUCUGCAAAAUAAUUUGAUUAGGAAAAUUGAAAAUCUUCAAUACUGCUCUCUGCUGGAUACUCUGAAUCUUUCAAGUAAUCAUAUUACAAAAAUUGAAAAUUGUUGCAGUAAUAUUUUGCCAAUGCUGUCGAGUUUGAAUUUGUCAAAGAAUUAUUUAACAAAUUUUGAUGCAAUACAAGAAUUGGUUAAUUGCAACCAUUUAUGCUCGUUGGAUUUAUCACAUAAUCGUAUCGAUGAUAUUCUAGUUGUGAAGGUUUUUGCAAAAAUGCCUCAGUUAAGAGUAUUGGUCCUACAGGGCAAUCCUGUGGUAAGCAAAGUUCCACAAUACAGAAAAACAUUGAUACUGGAAUGUAAAAAUCUUACCUAUUUGGACAGUCGACCAGUGUUUCCAAAAGAUCGAGCUUGUGCUGAAGCUUGGAAACGAGGUGGCUAUGAAGAAGAACGGAAAGAGAGUGAUAGAUGGGCAAAACUAGAUCGCAAAAAAAUUCGAGAUAGUGUCAAUGCUACCCUUCGGCUUCGUCAAAAGCAUGGGAAGGAUGUUCAACUUUUAGAAUCAUCUGACGAUGAAAAUGACAACAAGGUGAUGGAAAUACCAGAAAAUGAUAAAAAAUUGGAUUUGGAAUUAACUGGAGUAAAUGCAAAAGCUAGAAACGAUACGACGGAAUUAUUUGAUAGUUCUUCAUCGACUUCGUUCGAUGAUACGUCCGAAGAAGAACAAGCAAAAUCAGACACAAAUGGAGAUGAAAAUAUAAUUGUUCACGAAGCUAGAAACGACACGACUGAAUUGUCUGAUAAUUCUUCACAAGAAGAACGCAUUCAAAUAGAUAAAAAUGGAGAUGAAUAUAGAAACGUUGAUGAAGAUGAGGACAAACUCAAACCUGAACAUAUUAUUGAAGACAUCACAGAAACAGUUUUUUCUGAAAAACAUGAAAACAUUAUGAUACACAGGAAAGAACCUGAUUUUGAGAUAUUAAAAAAUGUGCCAGACUUGGAAGAUACUAAAAUUAAGGAGGAAAUCAUUAAUAUUAUUUAUGAUGAUAGUCCUUGCAGAAUUGAAAAUGAUGACCUGCUUCAAGAAGCUACUGAAAUUAUAGAGAAAAAUGAUUUAUCACUAUCAACCUCUGACAUUUCGACUUCUGGAAUUUGUGAUGCUGAUAUUGAAGUUGAAGAAGAAGAUCUUCUUCAAAACUCAAUAAAAAAUAAAAACGGAAAUGAUAUUUUACCGUCAUCUUUGGUUUCCUCAGAUUGCAAUGAAGCAACCGAAGCUUUUUCUUCCCCAUCUUCUUCAAACAGUUCAAUUUCUGAUGAAAUUAGUGAUAGUGAAAAUAAAAAUAAAAUAAUUUUGAAUGAAGAAUCCAAACUUAAAGAUACAAAAUUGGGACUUCGAAAUGCAGACAGAGAAGAAGAUCAAAUAGAGAAUAGACAAUUGAAUGAAGAAUCCAAACUUAAAGAUACAAAAUUGGGACUUCGAAAUGUAGAUAGAGAAGAAGAUCAAAUAGACAAUAUCCAAAGUAGAAUUGAGAAUCAACUAUUUCUUCAGAAGUCACUUGAAGACAACAAUGAAAACAAUUCUUCAUUUUUGUCAUUGUCAACUUCUAGUUUUUCAGAUCAGAAUGAGACAACAAAAAGUCUUUCUUCUUCAUCUUCCUCGGGGUCAUCAUCUUCCUCGGAGUCAUCAUCUUCCUCGGAGUCAUCAUCUUCCUCGGAGUCGUCAUCUUCUGGCGAUAGUUCUUCCAACGUAAGUGGAAAAGAUUUGGAUGAAAAUGGUGAAGAUAUGACAGAUCUUCGAAGCAAAAUAAAUGAAUCUUCAAGAGCAACAAAUGAUCAUAGCUCGUCUUCUGUAAUUCCUUCAAUCCCUACUGAACAUCAAACACCUGAAGUUUUAGAUAACACUGAAGCAAGACUAAAGAACAUAUUUACAAUGAUUCUUACAGAUGAAGAUUCCGAUGGUGAUUUAGAUUCAGUAUCUUCUGGAACUUUAAAACAAAAAAACAAAACUCAGCAAGUAUCUGAUAACAACAUGUCAUCGGAAUAUCAAACUACUGAAAACCUAGUCGAAGACGAGUUCAAUCAAGAACUAAGCAUUGAAGAAAAAACAACAGAUUCUAUUUGGAAUGAUAGACUUUGGAAUUUAGAAGAUACAAUUGCUGCAAAAUGGCUUGAAAAUUUCUUGUCAAAUGAAUGUAAAAAUGAAAAUUCUUUAGCUAAGGAGAUUGUCGAAGAAAUAGAGAAUAAUGAUAGCUGUUUAGCUCUUUACGAUUCUUCAGAGUGGUUAGAGCAGCACUACGGUGAAGAAUUACAGGUUGAUCUUUCAGAACAAAUGGCUGAAGAAUUUCAAGAAAUCAAGGGAAAUAACGAUUCCAAGGGAAUUAUAGAAGAAACAUCCGAUAAUUCAGAGUGGUUGAAAUUUUCAGGAGAAGAACCUGUAGAAUUUUUGUAUUCCAAUGAAAAAUUAUUUGAACAAAGGAAAGACGAAGAAAAAUCUUCGAAUACAGAAUUCGAUCAAAUGUAUUUAGAUUGGUUAAAAUUCACGGAAGAAGCUGUAGUAGAAUCUUCAGAUUUGAAUAAAGAUAUAUCAGGAAAGAUAGAAGAUAAAAAGCAAAACUCGGAUGUGUUCGAAGAAGAAAGGUCUUCAAAAGCUCAAAUAGGAGAUUUAAACAUGGCAUUAAAAGACAAAGAAUCUCCAGCUCAGAAUAUUGAGCAACGAAAUCCUACCAACCUUCAGGAUAUACAACUCGUUGGAAAGGACUUAAAAGGUGAUGAUGACAACAAUUCUCAAAAUACCUUAUUUACAAAAAAUGAUAAACUUACAGAACUAAUUGAGGAAGAAAUAGAUACUGGUGGAAAUAUUGCUGAAGAUGAUUUGGUAGAUAAUAAUUUCGAUCCUUUAAGCUUGUUGGGAAGAAAUUCAGCCCCGGCAAGAAUUGAAAUGUCAAAAGAAAAUUUGACUGCAAAUGAAGAUGGCAAGGAAAAACAAGAAAUUUUGAAACUAAAUGAAGAACGAAAAGUCGUUGACGAUGUUUUGGAAGCACCAACUUUUAAAUAUCAGACUGAUGCUUCAAAACUUGAAGUAAUAAUUGAGAAGGACAUAGAUACUGGAAGAAAUAUUGCUGAAGAUGGGUUAGUAGAAAAUACUGUCGAUUCUAAAAGCUGGUGGGAAACCAAUUUAGCACUGGCAAAUAUUGAAAUGUCGGAAGCAAAUUCCACUGCAAAUGAAGAUAACGAGGGAAAAACAGAAAUUUUGGAACAUAACGAAGAAAGAAAAUUCUUUGAAGAUUUUUUGGAAUCACCAACUCCAAAAGAUCAGGCAGAUGCUUCAAAUUUUCUUGUGGAAAUUUUGAACGAAAUAAAUAAUACUGCAGAUGAAGCACCAACUGAGGUUGAACAAGACUUAUCAACAAACCAAAUUCUAGAAAAAUCUUUGAUUAUUGAAGAAGAAGAAAAUACAAAUUUUGAAAUCGAGACUUCUAGUUCUAGUUCUGCAUCGUCAAUUCAACAAACCACUUCGAUUUCAACUCUUCGUGAAGUUCUGACAUCAUUCAAUAAAGUCGCCGAAACUGUAAGUUCUCGGAAUCAUACAAAAUCUGAACUUCUUAAAGAACUUGUAGCCAAUCCAUUGACAAAGACCUUUUCGGGUCAAUCUGGUGACCAAAUAAAUCGUGAAUUCGAAGAACUGCAACAUCAUAGACGGGAACAGCUCUCGAAUCUUGUUGACUAUGUAUACGCCCAAAGGGAAAAGUACGAUGACACUUUGGAGGUAGUCAAUGGACGUUUGAUGGUUGUCAAACGGUUAACAGGUGCUCUGGAAGAGCUCCCACCUCCACCAUCACGGUCAUCACAAUGGUCAGGAUCCACAAAGUACAUUAGUUGCGGUGUAAGUACCACUCCAAUAAGCUGCAACGACGACAAUGACAACGUCAGUGACAACGACGAAGAGGACGACAAGGAUGAUGAGUAUGGGACAGCAUUGUCAUCAGAGGACAAAGAUAACGAUGAUGGCGAUGAGGCAGAGGCAGAGGCAGAUACAGAGGAAAAUGACAUCGAGCAGCAUGCAAGUGAUACGAAAAUAAAGACCAUACCUUACUGUAACUCCUCUGAUGUAAGUUAUUGUGCAAAUGAAUCAGUUUCAUUGUCAUCGACAGGUUCGUCAACUGGACUCGAGCACAAGCAGCAGGAGGAGCAGGAUAAUAACCAUCAUCACUCGGACGAUGUUGAUGUUAAUGAUGAUGAUAACUCCCAACAGAGAGCAGAAUCAGUAUCAUCAGGAAGAUUGCAUAACGAAAUUGAUUCUGAGGUUUUGCCAGAAUCCAGUAAAUGGCUGGAAAAGGAGGUAACACCACUCGUAGAAUCAGCAGGUCCAGCUGAUUAUAAACUAUCAAUUCAAGAAGGAGAUGCAAUAGAGGAAGGAGUGGCAGGAGCAUCGGGGAGACAAACAAGUUGUGAAUAUCAAGUAGAAUUGAAGGAUUCUAUUCAAUCGUUUGUGGACUUUGGGAAGCAGGCUACUACUCUAGAGGAUGUUUCAUUGAUUUUUAAAAAUCCCGAAUCGGAAGAAUAGAGGAGUUUAAUUUAUUGAAUUUAUAAUUUUGUUUGUAUGUCUGUUUUUUUUUUCGAGUUAUUGAAAAUAAACAUUUUGAUUGCAA